AUGUUCCCAUUUCUCAAAGCCAAUGCGCUUGUCGCUUCUCUCGCUCUCUCUGCCGCCGCGACAGGCGUCAUUUGGGAUGGCCGAGCACCUCUCAACCUAACCGCUGCCGACCUCGAUUCUUCCACUGGCCCGUUCCUCACAGUAGUGAAGGGUUCUGAAGCUGCUUCUCAUUACUCCCAACUACUCGGCGACACCCUCGCCCCCACCGCGCUAUGGAACCCCUACGGGCCGUCCGAGCAGGCGCUCGCGGUCUCGAUCGACAACUCGUCCAUCUUCGUCCCCGGCAGCGGCGGCCCGCAGAACGGCUUCCGGCGGACGGACAUCAUCGCGGCGGUCGACGGGCAGCACGACGCGCUGCUGACGCAGAUGGAGACGGGCGUGACCGUCUUCCACUUCUCGGUCAUGCAGGACGCCGCGCGGCCGCUCAACUACAGCCACGAGUACCAGAUCGUGUUCAUCGAGCCCAACGACGGCACGCACGUCUUCGAUCUCCAGCUCGGCUCGCCGUUCACGAACCCGACGGGCGCCGUGCCCGUCGCGGACGCACACUCAUUCAAGCUCCGCGACCACGCGCGCGACGUGCUCUUCGAGACCGGCUUUUCCGCGGGCGCGUGGCACAACUUCGCGGUCGAGGUCGACUGGAGCGCGCGGACGCUCGCCGCGUUCUACUCCCAGGACGGCGCCGCGCUCGCGCAGGUCGUGCCGCCGACGGGCAACCCGACCGCGUCGGCGGGGACCGCGGGCCAGGGCGACUUCCACUUUACGGUGCUCAAGCUGCCGUUGGUCAACCCGGCGGACUCGAGUGCGGACCAAAACGAUGUCGUCCACUUUGGUAUUCAGGAAGGUACGACGGAGGGACUCAUCUACUCUGGGGUGUUUGUGGAGGGUAGUGCGGGUGGGAUUAGUGGGCAAGCGAGCGACUAA